CACAAGAAGUGUCAGCUGAUCUGUGUUGUCAACGUUAAUCUGUUAGCUAUGUCUGCUGUUCUGUACUGGUAGAGCAGAGUGUCCAGUAGCAUGCAAAAUAUGUUGACCCUCAUCUCGAACGUGUUCCGACUGGGCAACGCCAGCAAGAAUGUGGGAGCCCAAACAGUGUCAGAGGGGGCCAGGAUGGUGGUGUCGUCACGCUCCUUCGCUGACUUCACCCCACAGGCCAGCUUUGACAUCAAGAAGUGUGAGCUGCACCGUCUGGAGGAGGGCCCCUCUGUGACGGCGGUGUUGACAAGAGAACAGGGCCUCCAGUACUACAGGACCAUGCAGACCAUGAGACGCAUGGAGCUGAAGGCUGACCAGCUUUACAAGCAGAAGAUCAUCAGAGGCUUCUGCCACCUUUAUGACGGACAGGAGGCGUGUGCGAUGGGCAUCGAGGCAGGCAUCAACCCAACAGACCACCUGAUAACGGCGUACCGGGCCCAUGGCUACACCUUCACAAGGGGCGUGUCUGUAAGAGAGAUCUUGGCUGAACUCACAGGUCGUAGAGGGGGUGUGGCCAAGGGUAAAGGUGGUUCUAUGCACAUGUACGCUAAACACUUCUAUGGAGGGAACGGAAUCGUGGGGGCUCAGGUUCCAUUGGGGGCAGGUGUGGCCCUAGCCUGUCAGUACCAAGGAAACAACCAGGUGUGCGUGGCGCUGUACGGAGACGGAGCAGCCAACCAGGGCCAGAUCUUUGAGUCGUUCAACAUGGCGGCUCUGUGGAAGCUGCCGUGUAUCUUCAUCUGUGAGAACAACAAGUUCGGCAUGGGGACGUCUGUAGAGAGGUCCUCCGCUAGCACUGAGUACUUCAAGAGAGGAGACUAUAUACCUGGAAUCAAGGUGGAUGGCAUGGACGUGCUGUGUGUGAGGGAGGCCAUCAAGUUCGCUGCAGACCACUGCAGAGCUGGGAAGGGUCCUAUUGUGAUGGAGCUGGAGACCUAUCGUUACCAUGGACACAGCAUGAGCGACCCCGGGGUUAGCUACCGUUCACGUGAGGAAAUCCAGGAAGUGCGCAGUAAGAGUGACCCCAUAACCAUGCUGAAGGAGCGUAUGCUGUCCAACAACAUGGCUUCUGUGGAGGAGAUCAAGGAGAUAGAUGUAGAGAUCAGGAAGGUGAUAGAGGACGCGGCCCAGUUCGCGAUCUCUGACCCUGAGCCGCCAUUGGACGAUCUCUGCAACCACAUCUUCGCCAACAAUCCACCCAUGGAGGUCCGUGGGACCAACCCCUGGGUCAAACUGAAGUCUGUCAGCUAGACACACACACCUGGACCAUCCCCUCCUACCCUCUGCAACACCAACCCCUGGGUCAAACUGAAGUCUGUCAGCUAGACACACACACCUGGACCAAACUACAGUCCAACAGCUACACAUCCCCUCCUACCCUCUGCAACACCAACCCCUGGGUGAAAGUCUACUCCUCCUCUCCUCCUUCUCCCUUCUCUUAUUCCCUCAUCAAUUGUCUCUAAAUGCACUAUAUGACAGGAGGUCAUGAACCUGUAGGUCAGAGUUCAGUCUGUAGCAGCAAUCUAAACCAGUCUGUCUCCUCUGACACUGUGACGUCACUGGUAUUUAUUGACACUGUAUAGAGUAUACUAUGUAGUUUUAUAUUGAUGUAUUCUCCUGACACUGAGGGACCACCUGUCUGUAGAUUGGAGGUGUAUGGCUUAGGGCAGGCUUUUGUUCCAGACUAGCACUAACACACCUGAUUCAAUCAGACAUUGAUUAGCUGGAUUUGGUGUGUUCACGCUGAUACUUACUAAGUUUACACACCCUAUAACUCUCCAGGACCAGGGUUGGCUACCCCCGGCUAAGGGAGUGUGUGGGGGGGUGGUUCUAGGUUAAACCAAGUUCAUCUCCCAGUAAGGUUUCUGACUGUUAGUAUGUAUUACCUCUGACCCAGAUGUUAUUGUAGCACCGUUGCACUUUGACUAGAUAGAUAAACUAACGAGACAUCAUACAGAAAGUCAUUAUAUCAUCAUAGAAAAAGGGCCCAGUAAUGGUAGACUAUUUCUCUCUCCUCUAACUUUCUUCCUCCCUCUACCCUGGCCUCCAUCCCUCUCUCUGUGAGGAGCAGAUACCGAUCCAAGCACUAACAGAAGAAAUUAAAAACUGAACGAUUGUAAUAGUUUGUUGUGAUUUGACUGAAGCAAUAAAAUUGGCAGAGACUGUA